AUUUCAAACGCAACAAUUUAAUGCUGAAAAACUACAGAAAACCUCGUCAGUUUGUAUUGCCUAUCGUGUACAAAAAUGCAAUAAUGCGACAGAUGUUUCUAUUCAGGACGAAACAAAAUUUGUGGUAUUCAUUGAACUUGCUCAACUCGUUAAUAGAGAACAAAGAAGCAACUCGUUUGUUUUCGUAUAUUUUUCAGCAAAGGAACUUGCACAAGUCUGUAGCCUUUGGAGAAAAGAAAGCUGAAACCAAGCGGAUAAGAAUAUACACGAGAACCGGCGAUAAAGGAAAAUCUAGUCUGCUGACAGGUGAAAGAAAGCCAAAGGAUGACGCGGUGUUUGAAGUUUUGGGAACCAUCGAUGAGUUGAAUGCUCAUGUUGGCUUAUGUGUGGUAUAUUGUCGUUCCGUAGAAAAAAGUGUAUUGACAACGAAACUUGAAGAUGUCCAGUCAUCUCUUUUCGAUGUGGGUGCAGCUAUUGCCUCUCACAGUUCAAGUGUGGAGAAAACGAAAGGAAACCUAGACCUGGCGAAAUUUCGUUUUGACCAUGGAAAAGUUGAGGAGAUUGAACAAUGGAUUGAUGAGUUGGAAGAGUCUCUGCCACCGUUGAGAAAUUUUAUUCUACCUAGCGGUGGCUUAUUAGGUGCACAGCUGCAUAUUACAAGAGCCGUUGGAAGAAGAACGGAAAGACGAUUCUGGACAGCUUUUCAGCACACACUCCCAACGAUUCAAGAUUCUAAGGAUCAAAUAGAAGCAUUACAAUGCGUUGGACAGUAUUUAAACAGGUUGGGUGAUUUGUUAUUUGUCGCUGCAAGAAUAGCAGCCCAAGAAACUGGAAAUCCUGAAAUUUUAUAUAAAAGGCCAAGUUGAUUUUCUAUAGUGACAAUAUGAAAAAAUUCUUAUUUUGAAAGAUUUGAGUAUUUUUGGUAAUUGAU